UCCACUCAACAACCAAAAACCCCCGUCCAUUCACUCUCCCCUGCCCCUGCCUCUCUCUGCCUGCGUGCGUGCGUGGGGAGCGUGAGGAUGGAGCAGAGGAAUCCAAUGGCGGCGCAGGCGGCGAGGCCGAACCCCUGCGCGGCCUUCCGCUCGGUCCCGCCGCCGCUGCCCGCGCGCCGCGCCGACGCCGCGCCGAGGCCCAAGGAUGCACCUUGUCCUACCUCUAAUGGCGAUAGAGGUCUUUCUGGGCGGUGCAAAAAGCCUCCAGAGCAUGCCAUGCAUAAGCCGUCUGGCGGUACAUAUACAAAACCUGAUGCAAGAGUGAAGUUGAUUCCGGCAGAAGACAUCACUUAUGUACGGCAUGGAAAGUCUUUUGGUAGAACAGUUGGCUCAGCAAAACUGCAGAAAACACACUGCAGACGAAGUGUCACUCCUCCUCCGAGUUCGCGUAAAAUUUCUCUUGCGAGAUCGACACCGCUUACUCACAAGUCCACGACACCGUUUACUCCCAAGGCCAUGCCACCGCUUAAUCACAAGGCUUUGGUGCCUCUUACCCACAAGGCCACAGCACCUCUUACUCACAAGCCCACGACACCUCUUACUCACAAGCCCACGACACCACCCCAUCCUGUUGCCUCGUGUCUUUCUCCUAAGAGAGUUGAGACAGCUCACAAGGCCUCGGGACCUCUUAGUCCCAAGCCCACUACACCACCCCAGCCUGUUGCAUCGUGUCUUUCUCCUAAGAGAGUUGGGACAGCUCACAAGGCCUCGGGACCUCUUAGUCCCAAGCCCACUACACCACCCCUGCCUGUUGCAUCGUGUCUUUCUCCUAAGAGAGUUGAGACAGUUGAAAACAGGCAAUUUUUCUCUCUCAAUCGGCCAUCACCACUCUACAAGGCUGUCCAGAGAGGUACAUUUCCUCCAUCUGUUUCGCAGAAAGAGUCAGAGAUGAAUCCCAUCAACCCUAGUUCUGUGCAUGUUCCUCCUGCAUAUUCAAGGAAGGUUCCUCUUAAGAGUGUCGUCACACUUGACAACAAAAAGUUAUGCUCUACAAGCAAUCAGGCUGCACUUAAAUGUCAGCCCACAAAAAGAGACGCAGAUCCUAUUGUGGAAAAAGAAACUACUGUGAAGCUUCCAUUACUGAGCCCAACAUCUGUGCUUAGUUCAAGUUCCACCGAGGUCUGCCCAGAUACUGGAAGGUCUUCGUCCAGACUAAAUUUGUUUGAUGGAAAAUCCAAGCUGGACUCACUGCAGCCUGAAACAAACAUACCUCAAGCAAAAAGCCCAGAGUCUACAACUCCAACCCGAUGUGCUCAACUUUCCAAUGAUUUGAGAGUUGUUUCCUCCACUAAGAGCCAUGUCGAGAGACAAACGAACCAGGAACCAUCAAUUAGUCGUAACAUGUCUUCAGGUGCCCAAUUAAUUCUACAUACACCACUGUGCAAGGAGACAUACCAACCAGAGGCCUGCUGGAAGGGCAAAUUUGAAAUAACUGGAGAGCUAACACACACUUGUGAUGGACUUGAAGCCUAUUUCCCUUGUGAAAUUUCUAGCAAAGUUUAUGAAGCUUCAAAACAGAUGCCUGAAAUCUUGAAGCUAGAGGCUCUACCUCUUUCUGGCCUGUUACCAAAAAAAUUCAAGAUGGAACCACCUCGUGUUCAAGAUAUUGGACUGUGCUUCAUAAGUUCUUGUCAAAGGUCAAAUAGGGACUCUUACCAUCUCCUGGAAAAUGUUUCUUCACAUAUUGGCUUGCGGACUGACAUCGGCACAGUGGAGUUGCUUAUAUUUUCGUCCAAGCUGCUUACGGAAGAUGAUCAAACGAAAGACGGAGAACUUUACCUUUUUGGAGUUUUCCAGAAGCGUACCAGAAAGAGGCAGCACCGAGUCGACAGUCAUACAGAUAUCAGCAAUGUUGGCCUUUCAAAGGGAGACUGUAAUAUAUCUGAGGAUAUUGGCAUGGACCUGGAUAUGAUAGGAGGCAAAUACACAAAAGGGACUACAGAUUCUCUAUGUAAAUCUGCUAGGAGAGCUCCUGCUUGCGGAGACCUUGUUUUGGACCCACCUUCAGGAUUUCUUCCUCUUGAUGUCCCUCCUGGCUUCACAAGAGCUCAUUGUGGACUGAGACUUGAUGCUCCUCCAGGAUUUACAAAAGCACAUGGUGGGUUACACACCAAUGACAGCAUGCCUUCUCCUGGAGCAGAAAACGGUGCUUCCACUCUUUUCUCUGAGAGAAAGUCCCCAAUCAAGUUCUCUCUUAACAUUACAAGGCCUCCUGGAUUUGCUAAAUUGGCUGAGGUGAAAAAAGAGCCUGGGUUACCAGCAUUCUUUAAGGCCACGGAGAAAACACCACCAAUUGGAAAAGCAAAUGAAAAGGAUAUCAAGCAUGAUAAGCAGGUGAACGUCGAAGUGGAAUCGGAUGACAGCUCGGAGGAGCGAGAGUUUCCCAAGACCAAGAGGCUCUCAGAUAUCCUGGGUUCUUGUGCCUCUUCGUCUUGGAGGAAUAACGCAAGUACCUCAGCCGCACCUCGAAACUGCUCUGAAGUUUUCAGGCCUGCGAGUGCGAGCAAGUCUGAGGAACAAAAGCAGCACCAUCGGCAUUGCAGGAAGAGAGGGCAGCAGGAAGCAUCCGAAUCCGCUGCUGCUGUUGAGGCCACCAAAAGGCUCAAGGUCAACGGCCGCAUCGCGCUCAACGGUUGUCCUGCCCUCAACUCCAACCAAGCGCAACCCAAAACUCCACCAACAUAGCCGAGGUCGUCCUUCGUCUCCCGACCCGACGCCAGUGCUCUCGUCUUGUGUGCGUGGCGUGUCGUCUCAACUGCUACCUCUAACUAAUCGGCUAUGAAAACAGACGGUGAUUAUCAUGUCAUAUAUGUAUGUAUUCAGUGUAUUGGCUCGGAGUCGGAGCUGAAAACAGGUACAAAGUCGAAUAGUCAGUCAGAUAUAAUUUUAUGUAUGUACUAGCUGGGCAGUGUCAUGUCAAACCAAAUAUACCAUUCUUGAUCUUUUGAGUAACAAGUGACAACAUGGUUAGUUA